AUGGUUUUGAACCCGGACGAACAGGAGAGCCAAAUCGUUGUUCCGCCCCAUUCACCUCCCUCUGAGCAAGAUUACCUUGACGAUGCAUUUCUUGGCGGUACCGAUUGGUAUCACGAUUCAAAUAUAAAUGAAGAACAAGACCUUGACGCUGAUGAUGUACAAAUGAUUGACGUUGGCUCCGAAUCGGAUGAAAUGGUCUUGAAUACACAAUUGAUGCCCCAGCAAUACCCUUCUCACCAUUCUCAGCAAGAUAGCAACAAUUCUUUGGUUGAGGAAACUCAAUUUGCAGACAUUGAAAAAGAUACCCAAGCAAUUCGGAAUGAUGAAGAGUCUGAUCAAAUAGACACUCAAAAUGCCAGUUUUGGUUCUCGGUCGUUGAUUGAAGAGACUCAAUUUGCAGGCAUUGAGAUAGAUACUCAGGCUAUUGAAGAUACUACUCAAUUCGAUAACACAUUUCCAUCAUUCCAAAAGCCGCAUGUCUCGGAGAAUGACGGAUCAUCCAUCAAUGUCGCCCGCCAAACCAAUAUGCCACCAGCCAUAAUGUUUUCGAGGCCAGUAGAGCCAGAAGAAGCUCCUUUUAAAUUUCACCCUGGACCAAGGAAUUAUGGAUCGACAGUCCAGAAUGCAUCUGCACCGAAAGUUGUAGCUCAAAUAACACAGAAAUCCCCCAAAGAAUUGGCGAAAGUUACUCCCAACCCCGAGCUUCACGGCGAACCUUCGACAAACCUGGUGAAUGAUACGCAGAAGUUAUCCACUGGUGACCAUCAUGCUUCUGCAACUCAUCCUGUCCCCGAUAUUCGCGUCCUUGCAUCUGUUAGGCAGAUUCGGGAGAGAGAAGUAAUCCCUGUUGGUGAAGUUAUGCCAUUGAGCCAACAGCCAUUUGAUACUCACAACAUACCUCUAAUUACUUCAGCUCAACAUCCGAAAAGCGUCCCUCUACCAGUUUCUAAGGCUUCGAAACACCACCAAAAUUCCAAUGUUCUUACCGCUCCAUCCGACAGGCCAGCUCCGGAGCAGAUACCACCCCCUCUCAUUCAAAACACGGCAAUUAAGGAGAGUUUUCCCGGUACUUGCAACAUACCUCUACAAAACUUGGGUUAUCCUCCGAGAGGUGUCUCUUCAGUUUUGCGUAACAAUGUUCAACAUCAUCAAAUCCCCGAUAGUGAUCCUGUUUCGUUAGUCAAGGCCUGCGGUCCUAAGCAAGCUGCACGACCCAUUGUUCAGAACCACUCAGCCAUCCAUCCUCCUAUCCAAAAGCCCGCCAAGCGCAUGGCAAACCUGCCACUUCAGACGGAAGGAAAUAUCUCAAUUCCAAAUAAUAUCACUCCGCAGUCUGCAAGUCACAAUGAAGUCGCCUCUUUCAGUAAAUCGAACAAUAUUCCGAUGCUGAAAGCUUCUCACAGUGAACAAUCUAAGCUGGUUGGGUUACCUCCACCUCAACAAAAUGCUGCUACGCCAACCAAUUAUGCGGAUCGUCCCCGGCUAAGACAAAAGUCUUCAAAUCAAAUGAAUCGUCUCGCCGUGAGCAAAAUCAACGUUUACGGUAACUUAGUCAAGAAAUGUCCAUUCCCAGAAGCUUUCGCGGACGAACCAAAAUUGCAAGCACAGCGAGAAAAGCCAAGCAAACCUCCAGUACCAGUACCACAACCCCAGCAUUCAGAACCUCGGUCUGCUGAGAAAGAGCUAUCAAAGCAGAUUCAAGCAUCCCUGGGAUCAGAACCCCAGAGAUCACGUACCAACGACAAACUUGUCCAACGAGGAUCAAUGAACCAGUCAGUGAAGAAUGCUGAUCCUCUUGCACACUCUCAAAUUCAAGUCUCGGAUGGCAAAACGGAAGAUUCCACGGCGAAUUCUGUAGAAUAUGAGGAUAAUCCACAAGUAGAAGAUUCUGCUGAUGAAUUUAAUCAAUCGAUUCCGAAUCCCACAUUCCAGCCAGGCCAUCGUGAACCUUCGCGAACUGUAUCUCAAGCAAACAUAUCCCGAACCCAGACACCUCGACUUCAAACAACUCCACGAACUCAGGGUGAACAUGAGGCUCAGCGAAAAGUCGUUAAUAGACCAAUUAAACCCCAUGACCUUGAACCUCAAGGAAUAUCUGAGGUAACAUUGAGUCAUAUUAGUGCUUCCAAAGUCACCAAAUUAGCAGCUGUGCAUUCUCAAGAUGAAAACAGUAAAACCGGAGAUCACGUCAGUAGCUGCCAAAGGAGAUCUUCCCUAGAUUUCGGUGCUCUUCAUAAUGUUAUCGCUGAGUGCCAGAAACAACAAGUCGUUAUCAAAGAUCAAGAGAAUCAGAUUGCAAUUCUGAAUAAUCAGUUGCAAGUUGCAAAUAUAAUCAACGAACAAUUGGAGGAAAGCAAAGAUAAAUUGUCAAAGAGAGUUGAGAGAUUGAAUGUUUUAUCCAAUGACUACAAACUACACAUGAAUGAUGUUGUCGUUUGCCAUCAGACUCUUAGACGAGAAUCAAAGGAGAUGAAGGCAUCGAUGGAAAAGUUCAAAGCAUCAAAGAUUCAAGAGAUUAUGGAGAUUGAUGCUCGAAUGAAGAAAAUGAGAUGUUUAUUAGAGGAAAUCAAGCAGGCUCGAGAACUUCAUUGUGAGAAUGAACGCCUCAAGGCUGAUUAUAACUUAAAGUUGAAGGAACUAAAAAAAUUACGUCAUGACAUGGAGCAACUUCAAAAUCAACCCAAUGGCGACGUGGAUCGCCACAAAGAAGUCAUGGAAAUUCUCAAAAAACCACCAGUCGACACCCUCGGAGAACUCACAAAAGAAGACGGGAUUCUCAAAAAGCUUUUGAAUUCUGCCGAAUGUGUCAAUGGAAAGAUUGACGAAAUAUCAAAAACAUUCACCAAUUCUUUCAACCAAACAUUGGAGUGGCCACAAACUCUGACGAAUAUUCUCGAAGAAUUCUAUUCUAGAAUUGAAACGAAAUUAGAUGAUAACGGUAGCAAGGAUACUACUUUCCAGGAGUCUACUGUCAAGCUCUUUGAUGACCUUAAGGAACGUCUCAUCCAAAUCAGCGGUGAUAUGGAUGAAAAAGCCAAGCUUAGUGAGCAGAUCAAUAUGCUCCGAGAGAGCAACGCCAAAUCGGAGGCGAAUCUGAAAUCAAAAGAAGCGGACUUGGAGAAAAAUGUCGCCCGAAUGGAUGAAUUAACUCGAGAGUUGGCAGGUGUUCAUUCAGAGUUAAUGGGGAAAACCCAACAACUCGCAAUCUCACUUGCUCAACCGAGAGAAGACCCCGAAUUGAAGAGAAAGGUCGACGAAUUGACCACUGAGACUUCUAGACUGGAAGGCCUUCUUACCGCUGCCAACCAUGAAAAGCUUCAAGCCGAGAAAGAUAUCCAAACUCACCAAACGACAAUUACCACCACUCAAAAACGGUUACACGAUACAGAGGAAAAGUUUCGAGAUGUCGAGUCUGCCAUGAAGGCAUUAGAAAUAGAGAAUCAAAAGUUUCAAAUGAAUUGCAGAUCAACCACAGAAAGAGUUCGACAGGAGACUACACAGCUUGCCCUUUCUCAAAGAAAGGAGUUACUCGCCCAACAUGACUCCUUAGUGAAUGACCUCAAACAUAAACAAGCAGAAACUGAGGAGAGACUCAAAACCGCAAUCGAGAAGUCAAAGGCAUUCAAGGAGACGAUUGAUAAGCAUACAAAAACCAUCAGCGAGCGUGAGUCAAAGAUAGCUGCAUACAAAGACCAGUUAUUACAGCAGAAGCUUCAGCUUCAAAGCUUAGAGGAAAGCUCCAUAUCUCCUGAUCAAUUUCAGAAAUUCAAACAAGAACACAAACAAGAGAUAUUCUCAAUUCGCAAAGAGCAAGCAAGUCAAAAUGCAUCAUCACAAGCUUGUCGAGAGGAAAUUCUUAGAAUUAAAGAUGAACUUGAAGGCGCUCAUAGAAGACUCCGUGGAAUCACUGAAGAAAAUGGGCAUCUGAUGAAGGAUAAUGAUCGUUUACGAAAGCGUUUGGAGGACAUGAAUGCGAUGACUGAAAGUACUAAAAAUUUGAUUGGCAAUUCUCAUCGUUUUGAUGAGAUUCAACCAACAUCGCGCAACGAUAAUCGAUCGUCUUCACGCAGACCUGCUGAGCGGCGAUCUAGCAAUUUCCAUUAUCAACCACUUGAAAACGGCAUGGGAGAAAAUCAACAUAGAGUCCGUGAAUUCCCGACUGAAGAAGUAAACAAAAAAUAUUCACGAACUUUAUCGUCUUCGCAAACAUAUGGUGACAACAGUAGCGGAAUUCAGACUCCAAUUAAACCAUUUUCUACUAUUGUUACUCUCGCAACAAGCCCUUUGACUGAUUUGGAGGAUGUUAUGCCAAUGGUUCAAUCUGCACAUAGCCGAGAGGAGUUACAGCGAGUAUACAACAAAAAUCGUCAGGUAUCGAAUGAUAAGAUUGCACAGAUGGAGAGUCGAUCCAAGUACUAUCCUUAUGAAGAAGAACACCUUGGUACCCCAAAAUCUAAAAUUAACGAAGUCAUGCUUACUCUCGAAGGGGAAUUUGUCGAUACACCAACUCAAGCGUCCAGGACCAUUCUUUCAGUUGCAGAAGAAUCUGUUCAACGCCGAACGAACAAGCCACUUAAAUCCGCUUUGAAGAAAGGUGACUACCAGGACUAUUCUAUUCCUCACGAUGCUUCACAAGAUCAAGUUCAUAACCAAGACGAGAGAGUUUUCAAAAAGCCGGCACUAAGAAACAAUCACGGUUCCAGUAUCGGACUUCAAGCGACCCGUGGGACUGGUACAGGCAGCUACAAUCGUAUUGCGAGUGGAGAACCAAAAGUUGCAAGCUCAAGGGCACCAGAACCUCGAUAUGAGCCAACACCCGAGAUCAAGCGAAACGCAAUGAAGAGAGCAAGAUCAAAUUCAUCCCUUCAUACUCAGGAUUUACAACCCACCAAACCUGCGAAAGCCCCAAGAAUCAAUCGCCGCCCGCCAAUAAACAAGACAAUUAUUCCAGACUCUCAGUGA